AUGUCUGCCGUCCGUCAUUCCAUCAGUGCGCUGCGCGCCGCUCGCCACGUUAGUCGACUGUCCGACACUGCCCGCCCGAGCAGCUUCAUCGCUCGACAAGCUUCGUCACCCAUCUUCCGCCGUUUUCUCGCGACCGAGCAGCCGCGUCUGCGACUGGGAUCCGUGGCGCCCAACUUUCAGGCCAAGACGACCCAUGGCGACAUUGACUUUCAUCAAUGGCUCGGAGGCUCGUGGGCAGUGCUGUUCUCCCACCCUGCCGACUUCACUCCGGUCUGCACCACCGAGCUGGGUGCGUUUGCCAAGUUGAAAGAUGAGUUUGAGAAGAGACAAGUUAAGAUGAUUGGUCUGAGCGCAAAUGGUCUGGAGAGUCAUGAGCGAUGGAUCGCCGACAUCAACGAGCUCUCCCAAACUGACCUCCAAUUCCCCAUCAUUGCCGAUGCGGACCGCAAGGUCGCCUUCUUGUACGACAUGGUCGACCAGCAGGACCUGCAGAACAUUGAUGAGAAGGGUAUUGCCUUCACCAUUCGCUCCGUCUUCAUCAUCGAUCCCGCCAAGAAGAUUCGCUUGACAAUGAUGUACCCAGCUUCCACCGGCCGCAACACUUCCGAAGUUUUGCGCGUGAUUGACAGUUUGCAGACGGGCGACAAGAAGGGCGUCACCACCCCGAUCGAUUGGCAAGUGGGCGAUGAUGUUAUUGUGCCGCCUACCGUGAGCACCGAGGACGCGAAGAAGAAGUUCGGUCAGGUGCGCGAGGUGAAGCCAUAUUUGCGAUUCACCCAGAUCUAG